AUGACACGAAGAUUUAUGAAACCAUUAUAUAGCUUUAUGACUAAGAGGUUGAAUAGUUCUGCCACCAAGCCAUUCUAUAUCACCUCACCUAUCUUUUAUGUAAAUGCUCGUCCACACUUAGGCCAUUUGUAUUCUAUGUUAUUAUGUGAUACAAGGAAUCGUUGGGAAAAAUUAGACCCAAAUAAGCUGUCAUUUUUUCUUACAGGUACAGAUGAACAUGGCUUAAAGAUACAAACAGCAGCCGAGAAACUAGGCAUGACUCCUAAGGACUUAACUGAUCAGGUGUCUACAAAUUUCAAGAACUUAGGCCAAAAAGUUAAUAUUGCAUAUGAUAGAUUUAUAAGAACUACCGAUGAAGAUCACGUCAAAACAGUUCAAUAUUUCUGGAGCGUAAUGGAAGAAAAAGGGUUCCUAUAUCAAGGUUCACAUAGUGGCUGGUAUGCCGUUAGUGAUGAGACGUUUUACCCUGCAACUCAAAUUGAAGAGAUGGUGGACCCUACAACUGGUGAAAAGAAAAUGAUUUCCAAAGAAACUAAAAACGAAGUCGUAUACCAAGAAGAAACCAAUUACUUCUUUAGACUAUCUCAUUUCCAAGAUAGGUUAAUUGCAUUUCUUGAGUCAAAUCCUGAUUUUAUUAAGCCAAAAUCUAAGUAUACCGAAUUACUUAGAGAGUUAACAGAAAACAAGUUAACUGACUUAUCAGUUUCCAGACCUUCUUCUAGAUUAACAUGGGGGAUUGAAGUACCUGGUGACAGUAGUCAGAAAAUAUAUGUCUGGUUCGAUGCUUUGCUUAAUUACAUAACGGCUUGUGGCUUUCCUGAAAAAUUUCCAAUUGUGAACGAGAAGUACCAAACCGAACCCAGUAAUAUGUGGCCUGCUACUCACAUCAUCGGCAAGGACAUCAUACGGUUUCAUUGUAUUUACUGGCCUAUAUUCUUGAUGGCUGCUGGAAUCGAUAUGCCACGCCAGGUUGUGGUGCAUUCUCACUGGCUAUGUGAUGGUUUUAAGAUGAGUAAAAGUUUAGGGAACGUUGUUGACCCUCUCGAAACCCUCGAUUAUUACGGCGAGGACGCGUUGAGAUUCUUUUUGACGGAGUAUUCGAACAUUGAGUCUGAUUGUAACUACAAUGAACAGUAUUUCUACUUAACCAGAGAAAAUCUCAUCGGAAAGUAUGCUAAUUUAAUUACGCGUUGUGGAGGUAAUGCAUUUAAUAUCUUGGAAAGUGUUAAGUCUUUCCAAGCAGGCGAGUUUGACAAUAUAGACGUUUUAAUAAGAGACCACUGUCUCAACAAUGAGAAGACGAAUGAAUCUAAACAGAUUAUUGCUUUGAAAAACGAGUUGUCUGAAAUUCUUAACAACCUCUACACAUCAAUGGAUAUGAGCAUGUCCUCCUUUGACCAGAUGAGAACAAUCCAGAAAUGGUGGGCUCCUCUAGAGAAAGCUAACCAGCUCUUCCAGCUAGGCCAGCCCUGGCUUUAUACGAAGUCUCUCAAAUCUGACACCGUGAGCGAUGAUGACAAGGAAAUCCACAAACUUAUCCAGAACUACUAUGUUUUUAUGGCCGCUGAAACUUCCAGAAUCUGCUCAAUAUUAAUCAAUCCAAUAAUACCCAAUCUUUCAUCCAAAAUACUCGACAGAUUGGCGGUUUCCCCUCAAAACAGAACUUCUCAUUUCACCACCAUUGGUUCAGAUUUGACCUACGGUGAAGGUGCAAAUUCAAAGAAACAUAAAAUUCCGAUUCAGAGGGUCCCAAUGAGAUCAUCCAAUUGA